AUGGAGGACGUGCUGCCCUCGGGCCUGCUGGAGAUCUGCCUGCUGGUCGGUGUGCGCAGGGAGCGGGUGAGGGCGCUCCUCCAGGGUACUCAAAGAAAACCCAAAAGUCUUCCUCCCCUUGAUCCAGAAGUUCUUUCUGUAUUUGUGCCUCCAUUUAUCAGCAGAGAUGAUACUCAGGUGAUUAAUGCUGGUAAUAACUUGAAUAAAAGUAAACGCCGGUCUUUCCGAAAGAAAAAAGAGAGGCCAAAGAUUGAAAAUGUCAAAAGUCUCAAUGGGGAGCAGAAAGCAACUGACACUGAAGAAAUUACAGUUCCAGUGGACAUUGAUCUUAUUGGUUUGCCACAGCUAUGCUUCCCAGGAGGACUUUAUAUAACUUCUGAAUCAAAAGAGGACCACAUUCAUUUCCUGGUCUUCACAGACGUUUGUGGUAACAGAACAUACGGUGUUGUUGCACAGUACUACCAGCCUAUGCAAGAUGGCUGUACUUCCUUGAAUGGACAGGCCCACUGGGACUCUGCGCAGACUGGGAAGAUGCCUGUCUGUUUUGUACCAUUCGCUAUUUGUGUUAUAUCCAGAUAUCCAUAUUUUAAUGCCCUUAAGGAUUGUCUCUCUUGCUUGCUAGUGCAACUGCGACCUUUCAAGGAUUUAGAUGUUGAGGAGCACAUAAAAGAAUUUGCAGCAAAGUUAUUUUUAAUACCCAGCCCGCCACCAGGACCACUCCACUUGGUAUUUAAUAUGAAACCACUUCAAAUAAUAAUUCCUUCACGAGAGGAUCCAGACAGUCCAAUUAUUGACUUGGAUCUUCAUCUUCCGUUGCUGUGUUUCAAGCCAGAGCAGGUGCUGCAGAUUAUGACCUGUAUUUUGACUGAGCAGAGAAUAGUUUUCUUCUCUUCCGACUGGGCUCUGUUGACACUCAUUGCUGAAUGCUUUAUGUUGUACCUUCAUCCUCUUCAGUGGCAACAUACUUUUGUGCCUCUUCUGUCUCGUCAAAUGCUGGAUUUUGUAAUGGCCCCAACAUCUUUCCUUAUGGGAUGUCAUAUUGAUCAUUUUGAAGAAGUUAGCACGGAAACUGAAGAUUUAAUUCUAAUUAAUAUAGAUAAUGGAGAUAUUACACAUUCAAAAAUGACUGAAGAGGAACUUGAAAUUCCAGAUGUUCCAGCACAAGCAGCGGAAACUUUCAUAAAAAGAGUGGAGAGUCUUCAGCUGCAUUAUGAUCUAGAGCUCUGCCAUCUCCGAGCCAGCACAGAUCUCGGUGAACUCCAAAUGCGUAGAAGGGCUUGGCAACAGAAACUGAAUACGGAAGUUCAGCAAAUGACUUUGCAGUUAAUUGUUAAUAUCUUCAGGGAGGUAAAAGACCAUCUAAAUUAUGAACAUAGAGUGUUUAACAGUGAAGAAUUUCUGAAAACAAGGGCAACUGGAGACCAGCCAUUUUACAAAAAGGUUUUAGAGACCUACAUGUUUCACUCUUUUCUUAAAGCUCGUCUGAACAGAAAGAUGGAUGCUUUCGCUCGACUUGAGUUGAGUACCCAGUCUGAAGAGGAUAGAUUAAAUUUGAUGUUUCAUACUCCAAGAAGACUGACUAUGGAGAAAAUAGCUUCUAAACGAUUUAAUCCACAGUACAUGAUUAGUAGGCGUAUGGUAAUCAGUAUGCCUAAUCUACAAGAUAUCAAGCUGCCAGAGGGCCCUGCUAGAAAUUCCUCACUUCGAAGAAUAGAACCAAGUGUUGCUGUGAAAAUGCCGUCAAAAUCAGUCAGUACAUUCAAAAUCCCAGAAAUUCACUUUCCUCUGAUGUUCCAGUGUGUUCACUCCUACUAUACAGACUUCUUCAACCAUCUCAGCAAAGCUAUAAAUACCUUACCACCUGAUAACUCAGCAUUACUGGCAAGGUACUUCUACCUCCGGGGACUUAUUAGCUUGAUGCAAGGGAAACUACUAAAUGCACUUUCUGACUUUCAGAACCUAGAUAAAACAGACUUAAGAAUUUUUCCUACUGAUCUUGUAAGAAAAGUAGUGGAAACUAUGCCUCCUUCUGAGCGUUUGCAAGCAGACCGCAAACCUGAGCUGAAAAAGCUGAUAAGUCGAGUGAUGGAAAAACAAAGAGAAGUUAUGAAAAUAGAUGACCAUGUAAAAAAUUUUGAAUUGCCAAAAACACAUAUGCAACUGGAUGAUUUUGUGAAGCGAAUCCAGGAAUCUGGGAUUGUCAAAGAUAUAGACACUAUACAUCGGUUAUUUGAUGCCCUAACAGUAGGACAUCAGAAACAAAUUGAUCCUGAAACAUUCAGAGAUUUCUACAACUACUGGAAAGAAACUGAAGCAGAAGCUCAGGAGGUGAAUCUGCCACCAACAGUUAUAGAGCAUCUAGAUAAAAAUGAAUGUGUCUACAAAUUAUCCUGCUCAGUUAAAACUAACUAUGGUGUAGGAAAAAUAGCUCUGACCCAAAAGCGCUUGUUCCUUUUGACUGAAGGAGGACGUCCUGGCUAUGUCCAGAUUGCUGCUUUCAGGGACAUAGAGGAUGUUAAGAGCACAACUGUAGCUUUCCUUCUUUUGAGAAUACCUACUCUGAGGAUUAAAACAUUAUCUAAAAAAGAAGUCUUUGAAGCUAACCUUAAAACUGAGUGUGAUCUCUGGUACCUGAUAGUGAAAGAAAUGUGGGCUGGAAAGAAAAUGGCAGAUGAUCACAAGGAUCCCCAGUAUAUUCAGCAAGCACUGACAAAUGUUCUCCUGAUGGAUGCUGUGGUUGGUGCCCUGCAGUCCUCCAAAACCAUAUAUGCAGCCUCUAAGCUGUCUUAUUUUGACAGGAUGAAAAAUGAAGUGCCUAUGAUGGUCCCCAAAACAACUUCAGAGACAUUAAAGCACAAGAUCAACCCCUCAGCUGGUGAGACAUUUCCACAGGCAAUAGAUGUCUUGCUUUAUACACCAGGGCAUCUUGACCCUUCAGAAAGACCUGGCAAUGCUCAUCCAAAACUAUGGUGUGCUUUAAAUGAGGGGAAGGUGGUGGUCUUUGAUGCAUCUAGCUGGUCUAUUCAACAACACUGUUUCAAAAUGGGCCGCUCUAAGCUGACUUGUAUGAUCAUGGUAGAACAGAGUCAUGUGUGGAUCGGUUCUCAAGACUCCAUUAUUUACAUAAUCAACACCCACAGUAUGUCUUGUAAUAAGCAACUAAAUGAUCAUCGUUCUGAUGUUACAGACAUCAUUGUGGAGAAGAAGAAUGGAAUACCCAGUGAAGCAUACUCAAGCAGUUUAGAUGGAACAGUGAUUGCUUGGAAUAUCAGCACUCUGAAAGUUAACCGUGUCUUUCAGCUGCCCUGCCAAAAUCUCACUUCUAUCAAGCUUCAUAAUGACCAACUGUGGUGCUGUACUGGAAGUUGCAUACUUGUAGCGUCAACUCAUGAAUUUCAACUACAGAUGAAAAUUGAGCAUCACCUGAAGGAUGUGUGUUCCUAUUUUCUCUGCUUCCAGCUCUUUCCUGAGAGAGAUGAAGUGUGGGCAUCUUAUUCGGGGAGUAGUGACCUGUAUAUUUGGAACACCAAAGACUUUUCAAGUACACCUCAAAAGAUUCAUCUUCAAGAUUGCUCCGAGAUUACUUGUAUGAUAAGAGUUAAAAAUCAGAUGUGGGUUGGCAGCAGUGGAAGAUCGCAAGGCAAAAGCAAAGGGAAGAUCUAUGUGAUCAGUACUGAGAAGAAGACUGUGGAGAAAGAGUUGGUUGGUCAUGCCGAUACAGUAAAGGCACUGUGCUCAGCAGAGGACAGGUAUGUCCUUAGCGGCUCUGGAAAGGAAGAAGGAAAGAUUGCCAUUUGGAAAGCUGAAUAG